AUGCUCACGGCAUUCACGACGAGCAUCCCCACCACCCCCACCACCACGCCGUCGCUCUUCUCCCUAUCCACCGACCCGAGCCACCAGAUUGCUAUUCUUGAACUGCAGCUUCGCCUAAGCAUGCUCCAGCAAAUGGCCACGUUACCCCAGAUUCCCACCACCAUCGAGGCGCUCAACCUGCAGAUUUUGCAGAAUCAAAUGCUGAACUACUCGACCAGCUCGGCGAUGACCACCAUGGCUCCCUCGGUUUCGAGCGGUUUCCUGGCGCCUCCGACUCAACUCUCGCGCUCGGUUUCUACCUACGAGGAGCUGCUCAAAGCCGGGCAAAGUAUACCCCAGAUUAAGGUCUCAAUCCUCCGGCAACUCUGCGAAAAUGACGACGAAGACGAGGUCAUCAAGCUUGCCCCAAAGCGCUCCGUCAGCUCCCUCCCGAUCCCCGAUGUAUAUCCCCUAAAAAGAGAGCUCUCCCAAACGAGCCUCGGCACCCCGGCCGAGAUGCGGGCCAUGGAGCGUCGGCAGAAGGUGUUGCGGGAGGAAGACCUGCCGGAGAGUGUCGGACCCGACAGCCCGCUGAGGCAUCAUCCUAAGUAUCUGCGCCAAAGCAAGAACGCCGGCGACUUCGAGGUGAUAGCAGCAAUGUGCUUUGCUAGCGGCUACAUGCCGGAUGAGAUCAAGGAGCGAUAUGCUCAAAGACGCUCCGUCUCCUCCAGCCCCGAGGUCCCCAAAGCGGACACCGAGUGCCCGAUGGAGGACUUCAUCAACGGCGUCAUCUCCCGCGAACUGAUCUCAUGCGAG